CCGCGCAGGCGCUGUUGUCUUGUGGACGGCUAACUCGCGCGCUGGGACUUCCGGCGUGGGCGCCGAACGCUUGACUCCUGCGUGGGUCUGUGACGGGGUGAGAAGCGCUGCUCUGGGGUCCUGCCUCCGGGAAAUCCUGGCGGGUGUUGGCCAGGGGGCCGGCGCGUCGGUGCCCGGGACCGACUGAGGCCUUGUCGCCGGAGCCGGCUGCGUCCGGAAACUGGGCUCUUCGGCCGGGGCUUGGAGCCCCGGGCCCCUGUCGGCGCCCUCCAUCCUUGCACGGGGUUCAGGGCGCCUUCCUAGGCGGGCGCAGCUGGUUUCGGAGCCAAGGCGCUCCGGGGACCUGACGAUGGCAUCGGGCUCAGGCUCCCAGGAACGGGAAGGGCUCCUGAUAGUGAAACUGGAGGAGGACUGCGCCUGGAGCCAGGAGCUGCCUCUACCUAAUCCAGCGCCGAGCCCCGAGGCCUCACACCUGCGCUUCAGACGAUUCCGCUUCCAGGAGGCAUCUGGUCCCCGGGAAGCUCUCAACCGGCUCCAGGAGCUUUGCCAUGGGUGGCUGCGACCUGAGAUGCGCACUAAAGAGCAGAUCCUGGAGCUUCUGGUGCUGGAGCAGUUCCUGACCAUCUUGCCCCAGGAGAUCCAGAGCCGGGUACAGGAGCUGCAUCCGGAGAGCGGCGAAGAAGCGGUGAUUCUGGUGGAGGAUAUGCAAAGAGAGCUUGGGAGACUGAGACAACAGGUCACAAACCAUGGGCGGGGAUCAGAAGUGCUUUUGGAGGAGCCUUUGCCUCUGGAAACAGCACGAGAGUCACCGAGCUUCAAGCUGGAGCCAAUGGAGACUGAGCGAAGCCCUGGCCCCAGGCUGCAGGAGCUACUAGGCCCCAGCCCCAAAAGGGACCCCCAGGCUGUAAAGGAGAGGGCAUUAUCUGCUCCCUGGCUUUCUCUUUUUCCUCCUGAAGGGAACAUGGAAGACAAGGAGAUGACUGGGCCCCAGUUGCCUGAGAGCUUAGAGGACGUGGCAGUGUACAUCUCCCAGGAGGAAUGGGGGCAACAGGACCCUAGUAAGAGGGCCCUCUCCAGGGACACGGUGCAGGAGAGUUAUGAGAAUGUGGACUCACUGGGAUCUCACAUUCACAGUCAGAAGGUCCCAAGCACCCAGGUGGUACAAGGAGGAAAACCAUGGGAUCCCAGUGUCCAGAGUGGCAAAGAGGGCCUGAGUCCUAGAAGCCCAGCUCCAGGGGAAGAGAAAUUUGAGAACUUGGAAGAAAAUGCUCGGUCUGUACCCCCCGAACAUACCCACCCUCAGGCGCUACUCCCUGGCCAGGUCAGAGGGGAGGUGCCCUGGAGUCCUGAGCAGGGAAGACCUCGUGACAGGGUGGAAGGGGAUUGGGAGCCUUCCCCAGAGGAUCGAAUGGAACAGUCCUUAGCAGGAACUAUAAGUUGUGGAGAACUGGGGCGAUCGAAGGAACUGCAGCCAAGGAAACUCCACUUAUGUCCCUUGUGUGGCAAAAAUUUCUCUAACAACUCAAACCUGAUUAGGCAUCAGAGAAUACAUACAGCAGAAAGACUGUGUAUGGGAGUGGAGUGCAGUGAAGUCUUUGGCGGGAACCCACACUUUCUGUCACUACACAGAGCCCACCUGGGAGAGGAGGCCCAUAAGUGCCUUGAAUGUGGAAAAUGCUUUAGUCAAAAUACCCACCUGACUCGACACCAACGUACCCACACGGGCGAGAAGCCCUAUCAGUGUAACAUAUGUGGAAAAAGCUUCUCUUGCAACUCCAACCUCCACAGGCACCAGAGAACACAUACAGGGGAGAAGCCCUACAAGUGCCCCGAGUGUGGGGAGAUCUUUGCUCACAGCUCCAACCUCCUUCGGCACCAGAGAAUUCAUACCGGAGAGAGACCCUAUAAGUGUACCGAGUGUGGAAAAAGUUUCUCUCGGAGUUCACACCUUGUAAUUCAUGAAAGAACUCAUGAGAAAGAGAGACUUUACCCCUUCUCUGAGUGUGGGGCAGCCAUGAGCGACAGCAUCCCCUUUCUUACAAACCGUGGAGCUCACAAGGCAGAGAAGAAACUCUUUGAAUGUUUGACUUGUGGGAAAAGCUUCCGGCAGGGCAUGCACCUCACCAGACAUCAGAGAACGCACACGGGAGAGAAACCAUAUAAAUGUACCCUUUGUGGGGAAAAUUUCUCUCAUAGAUCCAACUUAAUCAGGCACCAGAGAAUCCACACAGGAGAAAAGCCCUAUACAUGUCAUGAGUGUGGAGACAGUUUCUCUCACAGCUCCAAUCGAAUUCGUCACCUGAGAACCCACACAGGAGAGAGACCCUAUAAAUGUUCUGAAUGUGGAGAAAGCUUCUCUCGGAGUUCACGUCUUAUGAGUCAUCAGAGGACUCACACAGGUUAGAAUAUUCACAGGGUCUUGUCAAGAGCUAAUAUACCUUGCCAGCCAACCAAAUCACCUCUGCAUUUUUCAGGUAAAAAUAUAGAGAGGAAAUGGGGACUCAUUGUGAGGGAGUUGCAGAGGCAGCAAAGGAUCAGCAUAAAACUAAAAAGGAGUGCUGUCUGUGCUAGUAAGGAUGGCAAGUAUUUAAGGUGACCUACUGAGAACAUAAUUCUCUAUUAAGUCCAUUCUGUCCCAAGAUGUACCUGCCCUCUUGGUAUAUUCAGCCAAGUUGUGAUUUGGGUACCUCACUAUGUCCAAUAUUUAUCCCAACAAACUUUGGGAAUCCAUGUGAUCUUUCUGUUACUACUUCCUCACUUGGGACAUUCAGAAGGAGCACUGUGGCUCCUGAGGCCCUUGUGACCAAAGAAGAGGGGCCUGGUCUCCUGGAAAACAAACUAGAGUCAAUAAAACACUGCUUGUAAAUUUCAUCUGUCCUGAAAGCCCCAGCUGGGAAGCCAUGGACACUGCAGGUCAAGUCACUAAUGCCCUAUAGUGGCCUGACAGGAGUGCUCAUUGACAGAUAAUACACAUAAAUGUAACCUCAGACAGAAGGAACCAGAGACCUAAGGGAAAUAAGGUGGAUUUACAGGUCAACCCAAAAAUUGGCAGAGGAAAUGGGUGUUUGGUUACCCUUUGCAGAGACAGACUUUCUCCCACCAGUGUGAAAAAAAGGUAUAUAAAACUCUGGAGUCUUGUUCUAGACUCCAGAGGAACAAGAGGAUUCCAUGAAAGAUG